AUGCUAAAAUUUAAUAAAAUAUAUCCAAUCACUACAAACAUUAUAUAUCUAUCGCAACCAAGAUUCUUUCCUUAUUCUAUCAACCUUUCAACAUUCAAAACCACUCUCAGUAAGUAUUUAAUUAGAUUGUUUUAUUAUUCAAAUCAGCAAAAUUAUUUAUCCUAUACAUAUAAUCGUAAAAUGAGUUCAGGUGAUAAGAAACAAGCUACUUUAGCGAGAUUUUUCUCUUCAAUGAAGAACAAAGAUGAUAAUACAAUUUCUGAUAGAAAAAUUAAUACUAAUAAUAAGAAUAAUAAGAAUAAUAAGGAUGAUGACGAAGACAAAAUACCUGAUUCCAUAGAUACAGAUGAUAAAAACACUGUAAAAGAAAACCAAGUCAUAUCUCAUGUUAAAAAAACAAGUCCUGGAAUUUCUUCCUCUACUUCAUCUCCAAUAUUGAAAAGAUCAUUUACUUCAAUGAACAAAAAUAAUGACAAUUCUAACAAUGAUGGCAGUAAUAAUAUUAACGGAAAAGAUGCUCAAAUAUCAAACAGUUUAAAAAAAAGUAAAACUGAAUCAACCACAUCCCUUAAUACGUCUAUUAACAGUGAUAAUCCCGAUAAUAAGAAUAAAGAAAAUUUUGUAUCCGAUAUACCUUAUUCAGAUCUGUGUAAUUUAUUCCAAGAGAUCGAAUCUAUAUCUUCGAGACUAGCCAUCAUUAAACUAUGUUCAGAUUUUCUUAUUGAAGCGAUGAAAAAAGAUCCACAAAACUUAAUCACGAUUACAUAUUUGUGUAUCAACAAAUUAGGUCCUGAUUAUGAACAAGGUUUAGAACUAGGACUUGGUGAAGGGUUACUAAUGAAAACUAUAGCUGAAUCCUGUGGUAAAUCUUUGAAACAAGUUAAAUCAAAAUAUCAUUCCAUCGGUGAUUUAGGUCAAAUUGCAUUAGAAGCAAGAAAUGUUCAACCAACCAUGUUCAAACCUAAACCAUUAACCAUUGGAGAAGUCUUUACUAAUUUGAAAUUGAUUGCAAAGAGUCAGGGAAAAGAUUCCCAAACUAGAAAAAUUAAAUUGAUUAAAAGAAUGUUGACUGCUUGUCAAGGUGUUGAGGCAAAAUUUUUAGUCAGAUCACUUGAAUCUAAAUUAAGAAUUGGGCUUGCUGAAAAAACUGUUUUAAUUUCAUUAGCUAAAGCAUUAUUGAUCAAAGAAUAUGAUGAAGGUAUUGACCCAGAUAUGAAUCUAUUAGAAAACGCAGAACAAAAGAUUAGAGAUGCAUUUUGCCAAGUUCCUAAUUAUGAAAUUGUAAUCAAUGCAUGUCUUGAGCAUGGUAUAAUGAACCUAGAAAAAGUAUGUACUUUAAGGCCUGGGAUUCCACUAAAACCAAUGUUAGCAAGACCAACAAAAGCGAUAUCUGAAGUCCUAGACCGUUUUCAAGGACAAACAUUUACAUCCGAAUACAAAUAUGAUGGUGAAAGGGCUCAAGUUCAUCUAUUAGAAGAUGAUUCAAUGAGAAUAUACUCUAGAAAUGGUGAAAAUAUGACAGAGCGGUACCCAGAGAUCUCUAUCAAAGAUUUUAUUAAGGAUCCAAACACCACCAAAUCCUUAAUUUUAGAUUGUGAAGCAGUUGCAUGGGAUAAAGAACAAGGGAAAAUUUUACCUUUCCAAGUAUUAUCAACAAGAAAAAGAAAGGAUGUUAAUAUUAGUGACAUUAAAGUUCGAGUCUGUUUAUUUGCGUUUGAUAUUCUAUCCCAUAAUGAUGAUAGAUUGAUCAACAAGUCAUUAAGAGAGAGACGUGAAAUUUUACAUAAAGCAACAAAGCCUGUCCCUGGUGAAUUCCAAUAUGCCACUGAAAUGACAACAUCUAAUCUAGAAGAAUUACAACAUUUUCUAGACCAAUCAGUUAAGGAUUCAUGCGAAGGUUUAAUGGUCAAGAUGUUGGAUGGAGAAGAAUCGUUCUAUGAACCAAGUAAAAGAUCGAGAAAUUGGUUAAAGUUGAAGAAAGAUUAUUUAGCAGGUGUGGGAGACUCACUGGAUUUAUGUGUAUUAGGUGGAUUUUUUGGACGUGGGAAGAGAACUGGUACAUACGGUGGUUUCCUAUUGGGUUGCUAUAAUCAAGACACAGGUGAAUUUGAAACUGCAUGUAAAAUUGGUACUGGUUUCUCAGAUGAAUUAUUAGCCGAUCUUUAUAAUAAGCUGAAGGACACUGUUAUUGAUGGACCAAAAGCCACAUAUGUUUAUGACUCUGGUGCUGAACCAGAUGUUUGGUUUGAACCUACAUUACUAUUCGAAGUUCUAACAGCAGAUUUGUCGUUAUCCCCUAUUUAUAAGGCAGGUAGUUCUACAUAUGAUAAAGGAAUUUCUUUAAGAUUUCCAAGAUUUAUUCGGAUCAGGGAGGACAAAAGCGUGGAAGAUGCCACUUCAUCAGAUCAAAUUAUAGAAUUAUAUGAAAAUCAAGCCAGUUUACAGACCUAA